CAUACACCUAAAAGCAACUGGCCUGUGAGUAUUGGAAAGAGCUUUGUCUACAAGUUACACAUUUAUAUGAAGGUUAUGGCCCUGGAGGAACUGGAGAUACGCGAUUUGGAUCAGGUUACUCGUGUGUACGCCGCUCUUCUAAGUGCUCACAUCAGACUACUGAAAGUUGUGAUGCCCAGAGUAAUGUGGAAGGAAGUACCUGUUAUCGUGGUAUUUGAACAAAACACCUACGUCAACGCACUGGUCGAUGUCAAACAUCUAAUCGAGAACACCCUAGUACGCUCGGGGUUCAAGGUCCUGUUCUACAGCAAGUGGUCACAUAUCAACAACAAGUACAUGCUAGGGAAGCAUGUUGGUGCCAAGACCAAACUCGCCAUGGUUCUCAGUACGGUGUUUGCGAUCAAUAGAGAAACCCUGUAUUACUGUGACACAGUAAUGUCCCUGGGAUGGGCAGUGUUAUCCGAGGCCACUAAAAACACUAGGACGAUCGAGUCGUCCAUGGGAACAUCGAAGGGUGCUGGCUCCAGCAACAAGAUGGGCUCCAACAUGGACGUAUUCAUGUAUAGGCGCUCGCGAAAGGGAGUUAAUGUCGCCACAGAUAUAAUGGCUGGUGUGUUGGAGACACGUGACAUCAUAGCCCUACCUAGGGAUAGGCUCACUGACAAGGCGCACGCCGAGCAGGGGAAAAUGCUACUGGGGAAAUUGAGAGAAGAAAUGGCAAUGGUAACCAUCGCAGAGUCAGCGAAAGGUAGCAUUGUGACAACCGGUGGCAAGAAGUCUGUACAGGGAGAGUACACCAGAGAUGAUAUGCUUUCAGCGUUCUUACUUCUAUGCCACACCAGAGACGAGAUAUACAGUGGUGAAACGUCUAUCAGCCUAGGUGGUGAGGUUUAUUACAAGUAGCAAGUAUCUAUAACAAUCAACAUGCAAAGUGAUUCAAUAAACAAACAAUGCACACGUGUACAAAUGA